GUUCUAAUUCUGCUUCGCAAUCAGUACAACUUCUGCCUCAAUGAACGAUUGUAAAUUCUCACUAAUCUCGAUUCAAUGUCACCCAGGCACAGAAUAAGUUACACAGUGUAUGUACCUACUGAGUAGACACCAAGUCAUAUUGAGGCUGGACCGGGAAUACUAGGUAGGUAUAUCCGUUUCUGCUAAGUCAGCUCUAAUACAUGCGCCUUGCGAUAUUCGGUAUACAUUUGUUCAGGGACUUAGCGCGUCUUACGUACUUGUAUUAUACCUGGUUACCUAGUAGGUACCUAAGACCUACCUAAGGCGCCUAAGGCAGUGUGACCCCUAUUGCAUCAACAGAAUUCUUCGAGCCCCAGCACGCCCAAAUUCUUUCACAUAUCUACCUACCUAGGUACCUAAUAUGGCUUUUACAUCCAAAGCACCACAUACUUGCAAAUACUGCCAACAGAUCACCCUCGAUCUCACGCAUUCUGGGAGCAUCACCCAGUUCAGCUGCGGGGUGGAAGAGGCAAUUGGUGCAGAUGAGGCUGGCUGCCCACUAUUCCAUGGAUUCAUCGAUGAUUUACAGAAAAAUACUUCGACACGUAAUAUUCUAGCCACUGGGGGCAUUUUGAACUUGGGCCUGCGAUAUUUGAAAGAAGACUUGCCGUUUAGUCCGGCGAUAAUUGAACCCUUAGUGCGCGAAACAUCGGAUGAUGAGUGGCAGCAUGUUUUCUUUGGGAAAUUCCCAUCCUUGUCGUUAUGGACAUGCGAAGGUGAUGCUGCGUCAGCCGACAUUAGUACCCGGCCUUAUGAGCUAGACAAUGCGUCCGUUGCCAGUGUCGACUUUGCUCGCAACUGCAUUCAAUCAUGUCAGCUCAACCACGAUGAAUGCCGGCGAUCCACGAGUGACUUGAUGGCCCGUGAGGGGCCAACAUCAAUCGACCCCAAGGCUAUUCCUUCCCGCCUCUUAUUAAUAACUUCAACUAGCUCGGGGCUUCAUGUCGAGCUCGUUGGUAAGGGGCUGCCAUCCGCUAUCAAAACAAAUUCAGUAGCGCUCGACGGUUUCGCUAUUCUCUCCUAUUGUUGGGGAGGACCACAGCCAGUGGAACUGACCAGGCGCAAUAUUCUCGACUUUGGGAAAGGUAUCCAAGUAUCCAAGCUACCCAAGAGCCUCCGUGAUGCGGCAUGGUUUACCCAUAAAAUAGGGCUGAAGUACCUCUGGAUAGAUGCUCUGUGUAUUCUCCAAGACAACAACGAGGACAAGGUUCGCGAGAUCUCUCGAAUGGAGCUCUACUACGGGCAGAGCACCGUCACGAUAUGCGCCGCCUCGGCAGCCAAGUGCACCGAUGGCUUCCUUACGUCGCGCGAGGAAGAUCCUGCUACAUAUGCCAUCGGCCCUAUCCAGCUCCGAGCCAAAACCUCAUCGGGCACGCUCGGCUUCGUUCAGGGGACCGCUGAGUCUGAUUACUUCAAUAACUGGAAGCCUCAGGAGCCGAUCACACUCAGGGGUUGGACACUCCAGGAGGCCUUGCUAUCCCGACGCAUUCUCAUAUUCUCGUCUGAUCAUUUGCACUUCACCUGUACUGUUGCCAACGCUACCUGCGGCGGCAUAGAGCCAAAACUAAAACCUCGGGUAAUGACUGGCUACGAGUCUCGGGUUGAGGGUGUACACACCCUCUCCGGGUUACGAAGCUAUCCGGUAAGAGAGGUAUGGACUAAAGUCGUCGAUAGCUACACGAUAAGGGGCUUGGGGUUUCCGACGGACAAGUUGCCAGCGGUUUCGGCCCUGGCCUCGAGUCUCAUCCCCAUGGCAAGGGCGCGCAACCAAAAGGUUGAAUAUCUUGCCGGUCUCAUGCUCGACGCUUCAGAACCUGAGAAUUACUAUUGGCGAACCGAGUUUCUCUGGAGAGUACAUCAUGUGCAAAGCACGUGCCACAUCCCCAUUGGCUCACCAUCAUGGAGCUGGUCUUCGGUAAACGGUCGCAUUUCCAUGUAUGUCUUCAGUCAGCCGAAGCCCUGGUCCAGUACUGAUGGCGUACAACUUCUCGAGUACGGGGUUGAUCUCGAGAAUGAAAUCGCACCCUUCGGUGUUGUUAAAGGAGGUUUCGUCAAGAUACACACGAGAACCAAGAGUUUAAACGCCAGCAUAAAGAAUGUAGACUACACGAUUGCGAUGGAUUAUGACCCUAGUGAUAGGAUGGUAGACCCGAACCGAACCUUGUUGGCACUGUGUCCGGACACGCCUAAAGGAGUUGACAGAAUCGAGCUGGCCAUACAAGGGGAACUGGACUUACUUCUUGUUGAACUCAUUCCCUUCUAUGAAAACUAUACAUCCCCGGCAGGCCUCAUCGUGGCCGAGGCGUCUGGUCCGAAUCGUUAUGUUCGUGUGGGGAUUUAUGAGUGUCAGCAACGAGACCAUCAAACUGGGGCAGAGUUGGCGAUGAGGAAAUCUUUUUUUGACAAUUCGUCAGUUCAGGAUGUGUAUAUUGUUUAGGAUUAAGAUAUCUAUCGAUCUAUGACCCCUAGUGUAAAAGAAAACUCCCAAAUAGUGUAUCGCAAAUCAUGGUAUCAUGGUACCACCUAGGUACAUGGCCCUAUGCC